GCUUAUAUAUAGUCAUUUUGUAAGUUUCCUCGUCAUAAUUUUUUAGUUUUGCCAGUGUAAUGACAAAAGUUUAGUGGGACAUUCAUUUCUACUGACUAGGACCAUCAGACAUUCGAAGCUGUUCAGGAAAUUUUAAGUGUUGAAUGUCUUUUUAUGACUUGACUUGAUGGAGAUGUCAGCUGAUAACGUGGUAAGAGAUAACGAGACUAGCAGAGGUGAACAGCCUGCCAGGUCACAGUCUCCACAGCAACAAUGUUUACGAGAACAUGAACCCCUGACAGAUAUCUUGUCAUUGAUCCCUCAUAAGGUACAGAGGGGUAUGAAGAUGCAGUAUGAGAUAUUAGAGCUGACAGCUCUUGAUGCCAAUCAGUAUUUUAUUGCUUUAGGAUCUAACAUUGGCACUGUAUUCUUGUAUGAUAGAGCAAAACACAAAAUUGAAAGGCUACGAUCAGAGAAUACAACAGAUAUUGUGACUUGUGUUUGUCUACAUCAUGGUUUAGACGACCUUGUGGCUGUAGGUCAUUCCUCCGGCACUAUUUAUAUCUUCCAGCUUCCUAGCAUUCUGAUUGGUCACAGUAAACAGCUUGAAAGAUUUAUUGUUAGUGAUGUUCACCAGAUGGCCUUGACCUGUUUAACAUGGAGCACUAAUGGUAUGAAAUUAUUCAGUGGGGAUAAACAGGGUUGUGUUGGCUGCACAGAGGUUGACUUUAUUGAGGGAAAAUGCCAGUCAAGUGUGCUACUGAUAGAGGGAAAUACAGAAAUCAUACAGUUAAAUCAUGGUCAUAAGCGCUUGUUGGUCUCUACUAAACAGAGAUGUGUUGUUUGUAGGACAGAUGCUGUAGAAAAAAUUACACAAGUUGGAUCUAAGGAAAGAAAAGUUGCCGGAGAUUUUGGGGCAUGUUUUAUUCCAGCCAUGUGUAAACCUGAAAAUGCUCAACUUUACGCUUCACGUCCAGGUUUUCGUAUAUGGAAAGCUUCUGUUAGUGGAUCGGUCCUUCACACUUACAUGUUUAAAGAGCUUCUAAACCAGUCACAUUACACGAUACCUAUAAUAGACUUUAAAGUGACAAAUAUCAUAAAAUCUCAAAAUCCAAACCAGUUUUGUCAAAUGUUAUUGUUUCGAGACAAAGAACUUGUGACAUGGAAUGAUUCCUGCGUGUAUUUGAUAGACCCUGAGAAUUCUAGUGUUAUAGGAUCCCAGAAACAUAUAGGACUUGUGAAAAAUGUUGCAGUUACAGAUUGUGAAAUAUUUGUGUUAAGGGCGGGAACUGAUCGGAAUUUAAUCAGGAUUUCAGACAGACCAAUCACAAGACCUACUAGCCUCUUAUUAAAGCAGCUUGAAAUAGAGAGGCAGCAAAAGGGACAGCAUCCAGUUGUUAAGAGUAAAGAUGAAACAAUUGAAAAGAAACCAGAACAUGUUGAAAAGUCUCCUUUUAAAGUAUUCCAGGGAAAUAUAUUUGAGAAAGUAAAACAGAUAGCUAAUCCAGUUGUUUUAGUUGACAAAGUUCAAGAAAAGUUACAUAUUGAGAAGAAGGCGGAACAUUUUGGUACAGCAGGAGUGAAUUGUCAAACUUCAGAAAGCAAUUCAGCAAAGGAUGAAGAUCUACCCCCUGUGGUACAGCUGAACUCCCCAGACCUUAUGACCAUUGAAGUAGGACAAAUGGCACUAGCAGAUAGUUCUCCUGAAAGGUUAGAUGGUGCAAUAGGAAACAGUUUCGAUACACAACCUGGGAGACAAUCAGAAAAACAGAGGACUGGUUCCGGCGCAUUUUCUGCUCUUGCAAGGCUGCAGGAGGAUCAUCAAGCUGAGGAAAACAGUGACCCAGUCUACAGAAUUGCCAACCACUCUGAAGAAACUGCAAGUAUUAGAAUAUCAGGAGAAGUCGAACCUGAAGGAGAUGGCAUUGUGUUUAAAAGAAAAGUUAAAAAGAAGAAGAAAAAGGGUUCAAAAGAAAAGUCUCCUCUGAAACUUAGUACAAAAGUAACAGAUUCAGAUUCUGUGUCAGUCAAUAGCAACACAAGUAUAGCCAGCGAUGGCAGUGAAACUUCUUCAGUCAAACCUUCCACCAAUGAAGAUUCUGGAAGAUUUUCUGCAGCAUCCCAACAGGAUUUCAUACAGCAGUCUGUUGAAGAGGAACCAGGGAAACAUGUUCCUAUGGAAACACGAGAAGAUAAUCAGGAGAAAAAGCCUACUUUUGUAGAAGAUGUUGACAAAAACAAUGAAAAUGUGUCUAAUAAAGAAUCAAUUCAAAUGAUAAGUGAUAAAACAGAUGAUGUUGAAAUAGAUGUUGAAACAGAUAAUAAGGAUAAGACUAUAGCAGAUAGUAUUUCAGUUAGCUCAGAUUCUGUGAAAACUGUGGAUCAAAUUUUACAAUCAAAAGAAGAUCAAAAGAAAUCAUUGGUUACUGAUUUUGCAUUGCCAGUUGAGAGGAGGGAUGAAAUAAAUACGCUUGACAAUAUUGCACCCAAAGUUAAUGCUGAAUUCGGAUUGCCAGUGGAAAACAGUAAAAGUGAUAAGAUUUCAAAUUUGGAUAGAGAAAUGGCUAGACUAGACUCAUACUUGAGUGAGACAACUGACACGUACACUGGGCAGGGGAAUAGUACAUCUCCAAUUGAAUUCAAAUCUGAGGCUGACCAACUCACAUACAGAACUAUCAUGGGGAGGAGUGAUAGUGUCAGAGAAAGGGAGAUAUUAGAUUCUAUGGAAGUUAAGGAUUCUAAAUACAUUCCAAGUAGUUUAGAGAAGGAAUUAAAUGAGCUAGAACAAUCAGCACAAGGAGGUAGUAAUAAAACCAUGGACAUGACAGAAGAUAAUUUAGCUUCAUCAAUAUUUACUUCUUUGUCACAAAAUAGCAUAGAUCCAAAUUCUAAACCAUCAUUUUAUACUAUAUUCAAUAAACCAGGGGCUACUGCAGAAGACUUUUAUUCACAAUAUGAACCCACUUCCCCCAAAGUCAUCAAAAGACCCUUAAAAAUCAAAACAGGAAAAAAAUUUUUUGGGAUAGGGUUUUUAGAUUUGUUUGCAGAAAAUGGUCAGAUAUCAGUUUCCCCUGAUGGUAAUAUUGUGUGGGCUUUGAAUAAAUAUACAGUUUAUGCAGGCACCAAAAUUACCCCUAGACGACCUGAGGGAAUGAAAUGGGUGGAGGCAGUAAGAGAUGUUUCCUUUAUCUGCGUGGAUAAUAACUGUGCAUGGUAUAUGAAGACCAAUCAUCAAGUAAUGAUACAGAAAGGCUUGUGUAAAGAUCGACCUUGUUAUACCGGUGUUGAGGUGACAUGUAAACACAGGCUGAAACAGAUAGUGUGUCUAUCUGGGGUAGUUUGGGCUCUAACAGAGAAUUGUCACUGGUUAUACAGGGCAGGGAUCACAGCUGACUGUCCCGAGGGAACAGAGUGGAAAUCUGGGGAUAGCAUGUUUAAUGGGUUAUUAAAACAUGGCUCAGAAAACAGAUUGUUCAGUCAGUUAUGUCUUGGAGAAGAUAAUAUUGGUUGGGCUGUUGACAUUCUAGGUCAAUGUUGGUUCCUACCUGGAGUUACCAUGAAAACACCAAGGGGAGAGAACCAUUGGUGGCAGGUCCCUCUAAGUGGGGAAUAUGUCGUAAAAGAUAUGACAGCUCUAGACAUGUUGAAGUCUUUCUCCAAGAAGUUUGAUCCUCAGAAAUUAACAUUACUGCUCAGUGCCCAAAGUGGAGGCCUGAUAGCAGCUCAUGGUGGAGUGUGGGUGUGUCCAGAAUAUAAACAUAUUUUACAAGUGUGUAGAGGCAAUGUUGAAGGUCAACUUUGGAGAGAUGCCCAUCCAGAGAGUUUGGCAUCCACAUCCUGUUGGAAAACUGUUGUGGCCAGUACAGCUAAUCAGAAAAAUGGUGUAAUAUGGGCACAACAACCUAGUGGUGAUAUAUUUGCUUUCUCUCCUGAUCGUAAAACUUGCUGUGCUAUACCAGGACCAAGUAAACUUGCAGGCUCUAUAUUGUUUGUCUGUCUGUCUGUAUGUACUGAUGCAUUAUGGGCUCUGUCUGGUGAUGGUGAGGUGUAUAUAAGAACUGGAAUGAGUGAAUUGGAAUGUAAAGGGACGGGCUGGUCACAGCUAGAUCUCUCACAACUAGAGGACAAACAGCUAGUAAAUAUGUCAUGUGCUGAUAUGACAGUGUGGUCUGUGGAUAGUGAUGGUAUGGUAUGGCAUCGUAUUGGGGUGAAGGCGCCCUCUGAUCUCAGUCUCAAUGCUGCCUGGUUACCUGUAGAUAAUGGAGGCACUGUUUUCACACAUGUGGUGUCCUGUCAGCAAGAUUGGAAGGUAUGGGCAAUAGAUAACAGAAGGCAGGUAUAUGUUAGAGAUGGCAUCACACAAGAGAUGCCAAUAGGUCGCAAAUGGAUACAUGUAUCAGGAUCCCCGGCAAUGCAGCUCACAUUAUCAAACAAUUUUGUGUUUGCCUUGAACCAUGCUGGAGAACUUCUGUGUCGUCACGGUGUAGCACCUGAUCAUGUGACUGGUGACUACUGGAAGAAAUUGCCAGGGGAGUUAACUCAUAUUUCAGCAACACCUAACAAUAUUCUUUGGGGCAUCAAUAAGGAUGGCCAGCUUGUUCGAAGGUUUACCAAAUAUAUUGUGAGGUCUGCCAAUGAUCCGGGAACAUCAGGGGCUUCCAGGCACCCUAGGGAACAUAGUGUUUCUAGUGAGGAUGGAGAAUGGGAGUUUGUUUAAUGUGUGUUGUUGAAACUGAUUCUGAUAAACCAUGAAGGAAACAAGUUCAUCGAUAUUUAUACACAAAAACAUAAAUAAGUUAGGAAAUGACAGCUCCCUUUAUACAAUCUAGAAAUAAACUACAUUUAUAAAACCACCAAGGAUAUAACUACAUGCACUUAUUUACAGAGUUAGAUUCACUUGCACAAAAAUAACUGCAAUUUUAUAAAGUAGCUGCAAGGAUGUAUCAGCACAUUUUAUUUAUGUCACAGGAAAUAAUUUCAAUUGAAUCUGGGUGUAAUUGCGUCAUUGAAUUUGUAAUAUAUUUAAACAGAAUGCUUGUUUUUGAGAUACUUUUAGGUGCAAUAACAAUUGAUAUAGUUCUUUCAUAUUAGAUUUUAUGUUCCUCUUUGUUUAUAGAUUUGUAGACAAAUUAUUUUUGUUCUUUCGUUCUCUGUGAAUAACAUUAACCAUGGCUAAACCUCAUUGUUAUAUAAGCUAAAGCCUUGCUUGGACACAGGCAGAAAAUAUCCUUUAGACUUGAGCCUCAAUGUUUGUUUGUUUGGUUGGUUUUACCGCAUACCAACACAAUUUAGGGGAUAUAGCGCCGAAACAGGAAAGAUGAUUUUGGCUAACCUUGGGUGUUACAAACUUAAUGCAACACCAGGGAUGUUUUUUUUAUGACACCAAACAAACAGUUCUUGAUAGGCUUCUAGUGUAUCUUAGCAAGGGAAGUAAAUGAUAUAAAACAGAAUAACUAAAUCCCUGCAACUGGUAUAUGCAUAAAAGUUGUUUAAUGUCAGUGGCCGAAAUGUGAUGUUACCAUGUGACAUUACUGAUAGCUACCUACUGACAUCACAUAGGGCUAUAUAUAACAGUUAAUAAAUCAUGUGAGGCACAAUAGUUUGAAAUAUGACCUUGACAUUCAAAUAACCUAGUUUUUCAAGGUCAAAUUUUUAAACUUAAGAAAAUUAAACGAAACUGUUAUUUGUUAUUAUAAAUGCACCAUGUUACUAGUCUAUACAAACUUAUUUUACUGUUUUACACUUCUGUGCUAUUUUUGUUGUAACCCCAUUUUGUGCCAAAAUAAUAUAAAUGGUCCAAAUAUGUAUCAGCAAUGAGUAUUCUUUGCUUGCCAAUUUUUACGUACUUAUAGUAAAUCACAGCCUUUUAGUAGUUUAUUUACUUUAUGGAGAUAGUAAAUUGUUACUUUCUACAAGUUUUCAAUAUUUAUAGUGAUGAAAUUAUUUAAAAAUACUUUUUAUUGAUUUGUAACAUUAAUUUAUAAUAGACAUACACCAGAGUUAAGAAUAUUUUGGGUUUUUCCCAGCUAAUC